CGCGGGCGAACGCCAUGUGGCGGAAUGACCUCCACGUGGAAGAAACCGAAAAAGUACAAAUUACUGGGAAGAAACAAAAUUUUCUAUGACUGUGGGAGGGCAAGGAAAAGCUCGAUAACUUAGCAUUGAAAUCUCUUCAUUAAUAUCAAGUAUAAAUUCCAUUCUUAAAGUCGACAACAUGGCAUUUGAACUGAAAAUCGAGAAAGUUCUUAUCAGUGACAACUUAGAUAACUGCUGCAGUGAGAUUUUGACAAAUAAUGGUCUUCAAGUAAAGACAGUGUCAAAGUUAACGAAGGAGGAGUUACUAUCUGAAAUUCCUAAUUAUGAUGCAUUAAUUGUGCGAUCAGCGACCAAGGUCACUGAAGAAGUGCUUAUAGCUGGCAAGAGACUGAAACUAGUUGGCCGUGCUGGAACUGGUGUUGAUAAUAUUGAUAUUAAUUCUGCGACAUCACUUGGUAUUGUUGUCAUGAAUACACCAAGUGGUAACACGUUAAGUGCUGCAGAACAAACUUGUGCCAUGAUAAUGUCUUUGGCAAGACAUAUACCUCAGGCUGCUGCAUCAAUGCGUGAAGGGAAAUGGGAUCGAAAGAAGUACAUGGGAAAUGAACUCUUUGAGAAGACAUUAGGUAUUGUGGGUUUGGGAAGGAUUGGCUUGGAGGUUGCUCAAAGAAUGCAGUCAUUUGGAAUGACGACUAUAGGUUAUGAUCCUCUUGUGUCUGCAGAGAAAGCAGCUGAGUUUAAUAUUGAAUGGAUGGAUUUAGAAAAACUUUGGCCUUUAAUAGAUUAUGUUACAGUUCAUACUCCACUCAUACCACAAACAAAAGGUUUGCUGAAUGACAAGACAUUUGCUAAAUGUAAGAAAGGAGUACGUGUUAUAAACUGUGCCAGAGGCGGUAUUAUUGAUGAAGAAAGUUUACUUAGAGCUCUUGAGAGUGGACAAUGUGCUGGGGCUGGAUUAGAUGUAUUUGUCACUGAGCCUCCUACAGGUAUUUCUGAGAAAGUUGUUCAACAUCCAAAGGUAAUUAGCUGUCCUCAUCUUGGUGCAAGUACUGUGGAAGCUCAGAAGAGAGUCGCAAAAGAUAUUGCAGAACAAAUACUUAAUAGCAUAAGUGGAAAAUCGCUGUACGGAGCUAUAAACGCUGGUUCUUUGCAAGGAGCUCUAAAACCUGAAGCUGGACCGUGGAUUAAUCUCAGCACAGCACUAGCUAGAGUUGCUCUUUGCUGUUGUGGAAUGAAAGUUGAGAAGGUUCUUAUCACAACAAGUGGUAGUCGACUUGAAAACGCUUCAACUUUUCUUACUUCUGCUGUUCUCAUGGGAAUAAUUGAUAAAGCAGAUAAUUCACUGAAUCUCAUCAAUGCAGAAUAUUUUGCCAAGCAGUUGGGAGUGCAGGUGGAAAAAGUACAUGAAAAUAAACAGCGUUACAUGUGCGAUGAUAGUAUCUCCAUCACUGUGUAUUUUAAAGACAACAUAAGUUCGUCAGUCACUGGUACAAUCUUUGGAUCGAACACACCAACACUAGUACAGUUGAAUGGUCAUGUUUUCAUUUCACCUGUUCCUCUUGCGGGAAAAUUAUGCUUCAUCCAAUUGAGUAUAUCAGAAGUGCUUGGAAAAAUAGGUAAAGCGCAAAACCUAAAAGGUUUGUAUAGUAGUGGUUCAGAUAAAGGAGAACUGACUGCUGUGAGUAUUGAAGAAGAUGUAGACCUUACAAAAGCAUUUCAGACAUCAGAUAUGUUUGUCGUAUCUCUUUAAACAACUUGAUACUUUGAACUGUUUUCAAACUACCUUUCUUACAUAAAAUAUUUUAUGAUAUUUUCUCGAUUACUUGUUUGUCGAUAUAAAGUAUCCAUACAGUUAAAUAUUUUACUUCAAAGUCUUAAAUAUCAAAUUCGGUGGUUAUUUUACGUUUGAAUUUUUGGGUAAAGAAAUAAAUAUUGAUUUUAAAGAA